AUGCUGUCUGGAACUUUAGAUGGAUAUAAGCAUAUGCUAAGUUCGUCAUUACAGCAGGACCAUCGUGAUGAAAACUUCAUGAAUCAUAUUUUACGCGCCUGGUGCUGUGUAUCUGGCAUUCCAACAGGGGAACUCGAUCAACAAGCUCGCUGCGAUAUUUUUUAUUACUUAGUGGGAACCAUAAUAUAUGGAAAAAUCCAAGACGAAAAUGAAUUUGGGCGUAUUAUAAGCGGAUUACCCGUAAUGCUAGGAUUAUUCUUCAAUAUGAAGGAAUGUACCAUAGAACAGAAGAAUGGAAACGCAGCAAAAUUCUUUGAUAAAAUAAAGGAAAAAAUGGAAAGUUCUUCCUUAGGAAGUGAAGGACCAUGGAACGGACAUGAUGAUUCAGCUAAGGUCAAUUGUGAAAGAUAUGCUACUUAUUUACAGAAAAUUGCUGAUGCAUAUAAGAAGGUACAACAAGAAUGUGGCGACACACUAGACACAGGGAGGCGGAAGGGAAAGGGAAGGGAGGAAGGAAACACCCUUCGUUCCACCAACCGCCACCCUAACAAUGGACCUUCCUUCCCACAUCCCACAUUUCUAUUUCACUUUGUAGGAAACGUGUCUGGGUAA